GAGACACAUAAAUCUCCAGGCCUAAAAACUAACAUACAGGCCAACAUUUGUUAUUUCUUCUGGAGAUCUAGAACUUACUCAGACGGGCGGCAGGUGAGGACUAAACGAUGUGAGCUCUGUGAUUGGCUGAGCUCGAAGUAGAAAAGGUGUGAUGUCGCCGAUGAUGGACGAGACAGCCGGGGAUCUGCCGGUCAGAGACGUGGGGCUGAUGAGAGGGGGGCUGAUGCCCACCUUCCCAGAUACUCUAAGAGAUGUCAGGCCCUGGAAGAAGCAUCAUGUUACAAAGAUGAAAGCAGACCCUCAGCGGCUGUUUCGAUUUCCCAGAGAGCAUCUGGAAGACUUGUGCCUCCGGCUGCAGGAGGAGAACAGUGUGCUCAGACAACACACAAGGACACAGGAGCAGAGACUCCGCAGAAUGUCCACAAGGCUCAUGCGUCUUCGUCAGUCCAACGCUGGGUCUGGUCCUGUCAAGGAGAGGGACAUGGAGGAUGCAAUCCAGGAGCUGGAGGCCAGGGUGGGGAUGCUGGAGAGUCAGAAGGAGGUGCUGCAGAAUAAACUCAGCCUAGCCAAGCAGCACAUCCUGGACCUGGGGACUCGCACGCCUUACAGAUACAACAAAGGUAAAAAUCUGGAGGGAGAGGCUGGAGUCAGGAGGGCAGCACGGACUGCUCCUGCACGAUAUGGCCUCACGUUGGAGGAAACCAGAGCUGAGAUGGAAAGAUUCAGGUCCAGUAUGACCGACCAGGUGAGGAUGACAGAACUGGAGGUGACAGCCCAGGCUCUCCGAGACUCUCUGAGAGAGAGGGAGAAAGAGAUGGAGGGAACAGUCAGAGAGCUGAAGAAGCAACAGGCCGACAGACACAGAACCACAAUCAGAGAGAAUGUGGAUCUGAUCCAUCUACAAAAGCAGCUCUCAGAGAAGAGUGCAGCCCUGAGAGUGACAGAGGAGAAGAUUGUUGACCUGCAGGAAGCGUAUGAAAAUCAGCUGGAGGAGAGUCAGAGGGCGCUGAGGGAAAGUCAGGGAGCUCUGCUGGAGAAGGUGGAGGAGCUGACUGAGCAACUGAAGCAGGAGAGACAGAAAGCUCUGACACUGGAGGGACAGCUCACCACCACGACUCUGUCUCUGCAGACUCUGGACAAGCUCCAAGAGAGGAUCUUAGACCUGGAGGGAGAGAGGGAUCUGAUAAAAGACAACUAUGAUACUCUACUAAAGAGCAGUUUGUCCGCCCAGAAACCCCCUGAUGCCCGAGCCGAAACACAAAGAGAGGUGGAGCAGAAGGAAAGGUUGGGGGAGAACAUCUCCAGACCAGAUCUCCAUCAGAGACUGGAGGAGAUGCUGCGAGAAGAGAGGGAGGAGAGGAUCACGCUGGAGCUGGAAAAGGAGAAACUCCGACAAGAGAAGGAGAUGUUGGAGGAGCAGAGGGAGCGGGAGGAAGAGCUGUCUGUGGUGACAAGAAAGAAGCAACAGCAGCUGGAGCAAGAUGUUAACCAAUACAGAGAAAAGGUCUCUUCUCUGCAGGACAGCCUGGACUCCAUCACUAAGGGCUUUGACAUGAGCAUUGAGGAUCUCAGCGAAACUCUUUUGCAGAUCAAGGCCUUCAGGAUGCAGCAGGAGAGCAGGGAGGGCCUGGGCUUCCUCGUGCCUGAUGGUGGGGUGGACGAUUCGUCCCGUGAGCUGGUGAACAUCCAGGCGUCCCAUGCCGAGACGGUGCUCGAGCUGCAGAAAACCAGGAACCUGUUGCUGCUGGAGCACAAGAUCACCAACGACCUGCAGGAAGAGUUAAACAUGAUCAAUCAGAAGGUGGAAAAAGAGAGGGAGGAGAGCAGGAGGAGGGUUGCAGAGAAAGACAAACUCCUAUCAAAGAGAGCUCUGCAGAUCAACACGCUACAAGCCCAGUUGAGAGAGUUGGCCUACAGCCCCAGGAACUACAAACGGACCAUACCAAUACAGUACACCUGGCCGGCUGGAGAUCAGGAAGUGAUUCAGCCCAUAGAGGACGAUCUCUCUUUCUCUCAGCUCAAAUCUGGGGAGUCACUGUUAGAGAUCCACCUUAAGGCGGCCACCUUCACCCCAGUGGGGCUCCGCAUCAUGAGCAGCCUCCAUCCAGGUGUAGGCCAACAUGAGCACAUUGUGACCUUCUGCACUUAUUGCCUGUUGGACUUUGAGAUGCACUCCACCCCUCUGGUGUCAGGGAGCCAGCCGAACUACGGCUUCACGUCCCGUUACGCACUUACAGUCCGGGAUUUGAGCCGGUUGGAUGGUCAGGGGUCAAGAGUUCAGCUGGAGCUCCACCAGGCACUGGGAGGGGUCCGAUUUAUCACCCAUGGAAGUGGCAGCGUGUCACUCAUGGGUGCCAUGGAGAGGAGAGGAGAACGAAUCUGCAGCAGUGUCAGUAUCACAGGAAAUGAGGGUGAAACAAUCGGUGUUGUGGAUUUCUGGGUGCGCCUCUUUCCUCCUGCUGAACCCAUCAACACUGCGGCAGAGAUCAGACCUGACAGGAGGACAGUGACUCAGAGGAGUCCGGUUCAGAUCCCACUUGGCUGGCAAGACAACGGCCAAGAGGAGUUACAUGACUACGGUGGAGGGAUCCCCAAUGAGCUGGUAGUGAUGCUUGAGCGCUGUGUUGGCCUCAACGCCCGCUGGCCGGGUCUCCUUCCAGACGCCUACCUGACGUAUCGGUUGUACGACCUGCCGCCUCAUGUCUCACCAUUGGUCCAGUGCUCCAUUGAUCCGGUGUUCAACGACAUCACCAGCUUCCCUCUGGCCGUAACGACUGAUGUACUGCACUACCUCAGGUCCAGCAGUCUGUGGGUAUAUGUCUUUGAUGACAGCGAUGAGCAGAUACCUCCAGCCUACCUGGCCAAGACGCCGAUCCCACUGAGAGCUCUGGCGACAGGCAGAGAGAUCAGAGGUGAUUAUGUUCUGAGAGAUCCUGCCGGUGGACCUCGGGGAAUGGUUAGAGUCAUGUUGAAGUGGAAGUAUCCAUUUCAGCCGCCGGUGGAUGGCCUUCAGAGUAGAUGGGGGAAGGAGAAGGUGGAUGAGCUCGAAAGGGUGACGAAAAGCACUCAGAUGGAAGAAAGGAGGAGGGAGGAAGCAUCCCAGAGGCCGACGGCCAAGCCCAGAGUAAAGACUCAGGACCUCAAGCCCAAAGAAAGUAAAACUGUGCAGAAAGAGACAGAAGCAUGGCCUCAGCCUCCACCUGUCAAAAAGAAAAGCUCACAGGCUCUGCGAUCAGAGCGAAUCAUGUCUGGGAAAACACCGUCAGCAGACCGGAAGAGAUCCACCAAGAGGUCCUCUGAAGUCAGAACAUCUCACUUAACCACUGAGCCAAGACUAACGACAUCCUUCUACAAAUCUGCAGCAGGGUCAUCCUCCAGACGAUCAACUCCAUCAAGUGAAAGCUCUACUACCGAUGCAGGGAUUCAGGAGCUUCCCUCUGUGGGUCAGGUGUCUGUGUUUGAAGGAUGGGAGGAAAAACAGAGGAGUGAGAGCAAGGACACUGAAGCCCCUGAAUCUUCAGAAUUGAGUUCUUCACAAAGCGACUUAAUAAUUAUACCACCGAAAAGGAAAAUGAGGAAGGGAGACAAGCUAAGAGUUGAGAUCCUGUCCUUGACGUUUGAACCGUCCUCCAGUGUGGCGCUGGACCGGUCCGUGCAACGCGUUUACGUGGAAUACCGGCUGCUGGGCGUUGCCAUGGAGACCACAGAAACUCCCAUGUCCCUUCGUAAACCUGUGAGCGGGGAGGAGAUUCACUACAACUUCACACGAGUGAUUUAUGUGGAUGGCUCGCAGUUUGCUCCACUCAGGCGGUAUCUUUACACAAUGCUGGAGGGCACAGAUCCCAACCAGGGCAGGUUAAAGUUCACAGUGGUCAGCGAGCCGAUGGACGAUGAAGAAGAGUGUGUGGAUGUCGGACACGCUUUCCUGGACCUACAGGAGCUGCUGCUCACAGGAAACGAUGUGAUCGAGCAACAGAUUGACAUUGUGAGUGUGGACGAACACAGGGAGGUGAUAGGGAAUCUGAAAGUGUCAUUGGAGGCGGCGAAAGCACUGAAUGGGAUAUACCAGGAGUUUCAGCAGAAUGCUGAAAGUAAGACAGCAGGAAAUCCAGAAGAUGAUGAAAAAGAAGAAGAAGAGGAAGAGGAGGAGAAAAAAGAAGAUCAGAUUCAAGUACUGGAUUAUGAUGAUGAUGAUGUCUUCAACUGAGUAAAAAUAUCUGAAACUGCCCAUUUAAAAAUAACACAAGCAAUGAAAUAAAAAAAAUCAUUUUGG